AUUUUAUAAAUAUGUUUUAAUUCUUUUAUACGUUAUAAGUAACAAGUCAAAAGCAAUAAUAAGUAUAAGCAAAUUGAAAAUUAUUUGUAUAGUCUGUCAUAAAUUGGUACAGUAAUAAUGGCACAAUCAGACUUUCCACCAUUGAAGAAUAAUUUGAUUUUGAAGGCUGCACGUGGAGAACCAUUAGACCAUGUUCCAAUUUGGAUAAUGCGCCAAGCUGGAAGAUAUCUUCCAGAGUUUCAAGAAGUUAGAUCAAAGCAUAAAUUUUUCUCUGUAUGUCAGACACCGGCUCUAGCUUGUGAAGUUACUUUGCAACCAUUGAGACGAUUUGACUUAGAUGCCAGCAUUAUUUUUUCUGAUAUUCUAGUGAUCCCUCAAGCAAUGGGUCUAACUGUUGAAAUGGUUCCUGGAAUGGGACCGGUUAUACCAAAGCCAUUAAAUGAUCCAUCAGAUUUAGCUAGAUUAGUUCAACCAGAUGUAGAAAAGGAUUUAAAAUAUGUAGGGGAAGCUAUAACAUUGACACGGCAUAAAUUAGAAGGAAAAGUCCCAUUAAUUGGUUUUACUGGUGCACCGUGGACAUUAAUGAGCUACAUGAUCCAAGGUGGAGGAAGUUCAACAAUGAUCAAAGCAAGAGCUUGGUUAUAUAAAUAUCCACAAGAUUCUCACAAACUUUUACAACUCAUCACAAAUGUAAUUGUGGACUAUCUGGUGAUGCAAGUGAAAGCUGGAGCACAAAUGUUACAAAUAUUCGAAAGUCAUGCUGAUUUUUUAAACGAUGAACUGUUUAUAAAUUAUUCAUAUAAAUACUUGAAGGAGAUCAGUGAAAAUGUCAGGAAAAGGUUGACAGAAGAAAAUAUUCCUGAAGUACCAAUGACAGCCUUUCCUAAAGGUGCAACAAUGAAUUCUUUGGAAAUGCUAUCAAAAUCAAAAACUUAUGAGGUAUUAGGUUUAGAUUGGACCGUGGACCCAAUGGAAGCAAGAAAAAGAUUGGGUCCUGAUGUUACUUUACAAGGAAACUUAGAUCCUUGUGCAUUAUAUGCUUCUGAGGAGGAAAUAAUGAAUCGUGGACGAGAUAUGGUGAUGAAAUUUGGAAAAACUAGAUAUAUUGCAAAUUUAGGACAUGGUAUUUCACCAGACACGCCAAUUAAAUCUGUUGAAGCUUUAAUAAAAGGGGUUCAUUCAGUGUAAUCAGACUGAUUUAUUUUUUCAUUUAUUUCUUAUGAUAUACAUUUAUAAUAAA